UUUUUUUUUUUUCUAAUAGAGAGUUAAAUAUAUCACAUCUAUUAUUUUGUAUAUGUUUUUUUUUAUCUAUUUACUAUAUUUAUGUGUAUUUUUUUUUUCGAUUAUUUCCAACUUUUUUUUUUUCACCCUUUUAUCUUCUAUUUCAUCGCAUUUAUUGAAUAACAUUAUAAUAAUAAUAAUAAAACCACUCCAUUUAUAUUAAGUGUAUACGUAAUAGAAUGUUAAAAGUACAAAAUGACGAUGAUGAUGUUGGGUUUUUAAAAAUAUCUAGACUGGAGGAAGUUGGUAUAUCAGUAGCCGAGAUCAAUAAGUUAAAAGAAGGGGGCUUUUAUACCGUCGAGUCUGUAGCUUUUUCACCUAGAAAAGCUAUAAUUGCCAUCAAAGGCAUUUCAGAAACAAAAGCUGAUAAAUUAUUAACAGCAGCUAGCAAUAUGGUAGAUUUAGGUUUUACUACAGGGGCAGAUAUAUAUCAACAUCAGAAAGAAACGAUUCAUAUCACAACAGGCUCAAAAGAAUUGAACCAUAUAUUAGGAGGAGGUAUUGAAACAGGUACGAUUACAGAAGUUUAUGGUGAAUAUAGAACUGGGAAAAGUCAAUUAUGUCAUAUGUUAGCCGUAACUUCGCAAUUGCCUAUUGAUAUAGGUGGUGGGAAUGGCAAGUGCCUUUAUGUAGAUACAGAGAAUACUUUCCGAGCACAACGCAUUCUUUCAAUUGCUGAACGAUUUUCAUUAGAUGGUGAUCAAACGCUGGAUAACAUUGCCUAUGCACAUGCUCAUAAUACAGAUCAUCUUUUAGAACUCUUAAUUCAAGCAGCAUCUAUCAUGUGUCAAACUCGGUUUUCACUUUUAAUUGUGGAUUCUAUUAUGGCCUUGUAUCGUUCUGAAUACAUUGGUCGAGGGGAGUUAUCAGCUCGUCAAAAUCAUUUAGCACGCGUCUUACACUUAUUAAAACGCUUAGCAGAAGAGUUUGGUCUAGCUGUGAUAAUAACAAACCAAAUGGUAGCACAAGUAGAUGGUAUGUCUGCCUUUAAUCCUGAUCCAAAAAAGCCAGCAGGUGGCCAUAUCAUUGCUCAUGCAUCUUGCACAAGGCUUUAUUUGCGUAAAGGACGUGGUGAUAAUCGAACUUGUAAAGUUAUUGAUUCGCCAUGUUUGCCUGAAAUUGAAUGUUCCUUUGCCAUUUAUGAAGAUGGGAUUAAGGAUUCAAGUUACUAAUAUGUAUUGUCCUUGUUGUUUAUGUAAAUAAUCAAUAGUAG